UUCCCUCUCACUCUCACCAACCCUAAAAAGCAAAACCACACAAAAAUAAACCUUCUUUCAUCUCAUAUAUUUCCAUUCUCCUCCAAUACUCAAUUCUCCUUUCUCCACUCCUCCCAUAAUCCCAUUCAAUGGUCGUUGGCCAUGACCCAAACCAUGUCUGGUCCAAAUGACUGGCUCCAAUUCUAUAACCAAAGUCUCACACCUCCAAUACCCAAUACUACUACUACUAUUGCUACCACCACUGUUAUCGCUGCCACUAAUCCUUUAUCGGACAUGCCAAAUUCAAGUCCGACAAGCUCGGCCCAUUUAAGCCCGGAAGGGCGCGUGGCAAAGCCCACCCGGCGCCGUUCCCGGGCCUCACGGCGAACUCCGACCACCUUGCUGAACACAGACACUACGAACUUCCGGGCCAUGGUCCAACAGUUCACAGGAGGCCCAAGUGCGGGCUUCGCAGGAGCUCCAUCAACAGCACCACAGGCUUUGCCAAACCUCAUGGGCUUUGGGUUUCCCACACGCCCUCUAACCCCAACCACCCUCGUCAUGUCAUCAUCGCCACCUCCUAUAAGCUACCAGCACCUCCAACAACAACAACAUCAACAUCAUCAACAACAACAACACAUGUUUCAGCAGCAAAACCAAAACCAACAGUACAAUUUGUACGGUGGUGGCGGAGACAACAUGUUUUUUCAGAGACUAAGCAACAAUAAUCCUCCAACAAGCAAUGUUGUUAGCAAUGAUCGUGACGGGGUUGUGAAUAUGGAUCAUGGACGCUUCUUCCCAAACACUUCUUCUUCUUGAAUUGAAUAAUUAAUCAGAUGAAAAAGGAAGAAGAAGAAGAAAGAAAGAAAUUAGCCACACCACACCACACCCGUAGGAACACGGAUAGCAGUUUUUUUCUUUGGUCCGCAUGCUGAGGCUCGAAAGUGACAUAAAGCAGACAGUUAGGUGCUAACUUGGGCAGAAUUGUUGACCAACCAAUGUAAAAUAUUAUAUAUAUAGUACUUUCUUUAUUUUAUUAUUAAUUACUGUUAUUUCUUUUAUAUUUUUGGGUGGAAUUUGACUCUGCUUCUAGAUGAUGCCAUGGCGCUGCCAAUCCCAAUGUACACCUUUUAUUUAUCAUUUUCCUUUCUCUAUCUUUCAACUUUUCAAA